UUGUAGAUAUGAGAUGGCACAAAGAAAAACGUGUUGACAUGGCAUAUUAAGGCAUCUAGCCGAUGGUGAGGCAUGGAAGGACUUUGACAGGCAACAUACUCUGUUUGCUCAAGAACCACGUAAUGUGAGGCUAGGGUUAGCCACUGAUGGUUUCAACCCUAUUAGAAAUAUGAGCAACUCAUAUAGUAUAUGGCCAGUGGUAGUUAUGCCUUAUAACCUUCCACCGUAGAAGUGUAUGAAAUAACCAUUUUCCAUGAUGUCAUUGCUUAUUUCUGGACAGCAAGCACCAGGGAGAGAUAUUGAUGUUUACUUAAGGCCAUUAAUUGACAAAUUGAAGGAGUUGUGGGAAGAUGGUGUAGUUACGUAUGAUGCCUCAACUAGGCCAAGUUUUCGAAUACAUGCAAUUGUUAUGUGUUCUAACUUAUGGUAACUUGUCAGGGUGGAGUACAAAAGGAUAUUUGGCUUGCCCCAAUUGUAAUGAGAAUGCAUCAUCACAACGGUUAAGAAGUAAGAUAGGGUAUAUUGGUGCUCGCCGAUACUUGCCUAAAGACCAUCCUUGGCGAAAAAGUAAGCUCUUUAAUGGAAAGGCAGAUGAUUGAGCAAGACCUUUGGAGUUGUCAGGGGAAAAAAUAUUAGAUCAACUGGAUUCAGGAACAUUUAAACCAUUUGGGAAGCAUCCAAGCAACCAGAAAAGAAAAAGGGAUGAAAAUAUAAUACUGAAUUGGACCAAAAAAAAUAUUUUUCGAAUUGCCUUAUUGGGAGACACUCAAGUUACAACAUAACCUCGAUGUCAUACACAUAGAGAAGAACAUAUGUGAUAAUUUGAUUUGGACUUUGUUGAGCUUUGAUGGAAAGAACAAGGACACGAAAAAAGCAUGCAUGGAUUUAGAGGAUUUGAAAAUUAGAAAAGAUUUGCACUUCAAGUGGCGCGUGGAUGGGUCCUUUGAAAAGCCCCUUGCAUUGUACACAUUGUCCCUAAAGGAAAGACAAGGUUUUUGUGCAUUCUUAAAAUCAGUUAGGUAUCCUGAUGGAUAUGCAGCAAACAUCUCUAGGUGUGUGAGCACUAAGGGCAACAAGUUAUCCAAUUUGAAAAGUCAUGAUUGCCAUGUUCUUGUACAACGAAUUUUUCCUAUUGGGAUGCGUGGGUAUCUUAACAAGGACGUUUCUAUUGCAUUGUUUGAGUUAGGAAAUUACUUUCAAGAGUUAUGUUUGAAAACAAUGAGGGUGAAUGAUUUGGAGAAAUUACAAGAAAGCAUAGUACUCAUACUUUGCAAGUUAGAAAAAAAAAUUUCCACCUAUAUUCUUUGAUGUCAUGGUCCACUUAGCUAUUCACUUGCCUCGCGAAGCCAUUCUUGGAGGGUCAAUACAAUAUCGAUGGAUGUACCCUAUCAAAAGACUACACAUAUACCACCUUUGCAAGCCACCAAGAGGAGGUCAAUGACUUCAAUGUCAGAGGCAACCCCAACUGAGGUCCCAACUCACUUGUCAACAUCUCCAUCAUCACAGACAGUUGGUCGGCCAAGAGGCCGACCACCUGAAUCCAAAAACAAGCCCAAACCACAGGUACUUAUAACCCGAGAGAGCGCGAACACUCUCCGAGCUCAUAUUCUCGAGGUCAGCAAUGGCUGCGACGUGUUUGACUCCGUAGCCAUCUAUGCCCGCCGCUGGCAGUGUGGGAUUUGUGUUUUGGGCCAGAAUGGAACCGUCACGAACGUGAGUCUCCAGCAGCCAGCCAUGGCGAUGGGUGGUGGUGCGAUGGUGAGGUUACAUGAGAGGUUUGAGAUUCUAUUGUUGAGCGAGUCAUUCUUGCUGUCGUCUGCGCCGCCGGGAGCGACGAGCUUGACGGUGUUUUUGGGUGGAGGGCAGGGACAGCUGGUGGGAGGGAGUGUAGUGGAAGAUCUCAUGGCGGCGGGGCCAAUGGUUUUGAUUACGGCAUCGUUUAGUAAUGUUGCCUAUGAGAGACUGUCGUUGGAUGAGGAAGAGGAUGAGGAGGAGGCGGCGUUUUGGAUUCAGCCACCGGUGUCAGAGGUUUCCAUCGUCGUCGGCGGCGACAGUAGCGAUGGCAGUGGUGGAUUUCUUAACCCAUCUUGUGGUCUUCCUUUCUUGAAUUUGCCUAUGGCUAAUAAUUGUCAGUUACUAGUCGAUAAUUGGGUGGGAAACUCAGCUCGCUUGAUGAAUCGAUAA